AUGAUGUCUCACGACCACACCAUGUCUUCUAAGCCCGUUGCCCUCAUCCUUGGCUCAGGCCCGAGGGUUGGUGCCGCCGUUGCCAAAAAUUUCGCAAACGCAGGCUAUUCUGUGGCUAUUACAUCUCGCAAAGCUGCCGACGGGAAGGCUGCCGAGGGUUAUUUGUCUGUCAAAGCAGACUUGUCCAAUCCCUCGUCGCUCUCAGCCGUCUUUGAUGCAGUCAAAGCCGAGUUCCAAAGUGCCCCAAGCGUCAUCGUCUACAAUGCCGCCGCCCUCACUCCCCCUGCGGGCGACGACCUGUUUUCUAUUCCUACCGAAAGCCUUGCCACCGAUCUCAACACCAACACCGUGUCUGUCUACGCGGCUGCUAAAGAAGCUAUUAAGGGCUGGGAGACACUCACAGGGGACACCAAGAAGGUUUUCAUAUACACUGGCAACAAGCUUAACACUUGGAUCGCCCCAAUGCUGCUCACGACGACCUUGGGUGUUGGCAAGUCGGCUACUAGCUACCUUCUUGGUGCGGCAGACACUCGCUAUUCCAAGCAGGGUUACCGGUGGGUUCAACUUUGGCCUUAUGGAAUAAAUUAUAACUAA